AUGGCGACUCUUUCUUCUUCUUCGUCUUCAGAACUCCCUUGUACUUCAAACAAUUGUUUCUCUCUUUCCUCAAAAACCCCGAAAGGUUCAAAACUUCCUUUGGAGCUUGAAACAGUUGCAGAAGCAGAAGAGACUCUGCUUUCAACCGUUGGAGCCAAAACAAAGACAGCGAAAAUAGGGAGUGGAAAGGGAGAAAUGAACUACUCAAAAACUCUGUUCUGCAGUAAGGGACUUUUAAGACCCAUCUGGGUUGCUGCUUAUUGUGACAAAAGGCUCAAGAAAGACCAAGUUUCUCUCACCGACAUCUCUUCUUCUGUUGAUGAGAUCAUGCUACAAACAGUAACAGUCACAUACAGAGUACUUGGUUAUCUUCUCCUUGGUGUUGUGAGGAUAUACUCUAAGAAAGUUGACCAUCUUUACCAUGACUGUGAUGAGAUUUUGGUCAGAAUAAACAAUUAUUCUGUCACCAGAAGAACAAAUCUGCAAAUCGAAGCCACGUCUGCACCACAUUUCUCUAUCAGUUUGCCAGAGAGGUUCGAACUUGAUAGUUUUGAUAUUGAGGCCCCAGAAGCUGUAAGCAGGCGCAACAUCAGACCAAGUGAAGAGAUCACACUUCAAGCAUUCGAGGAUGAAGCAAGACAGCAUUGUUCUCUAAACAAGAAUCACAGCAUUGAACCUUCUUUUCAGCUCGGCAUCUACCAUUCUGCAUAUGCAACAUUUGAUGAUGUUCCUUAUCCUCCCAUAUUGGAUCUUGAUAUGGUGACCUAA